CGUUGACAAACUUAAAUUUGAAGGAUGUCUGUGGUAUAAUUCCAAUUCGAACGCGUUUGCUAUUACUCUUCUUAUGCUUUGCUUUACUAUUUUGUUGUGGUGAUGUGAGAUGAAAAAUAAAAUUAAAGUUUUUAAAUACCAAUAUAUCUUGCAUAACGAUCAAAUUUUAUUUUACACGGCUAUAAUAUUGUAACAAUAUCUUUGACGUUAAUUUUCUGUAGUGAAGAAAAAAGAAAUGUCCGUUAUAACUUGUGUGUAGUUAAUGAGUACCGUACGGCUUGGUUUUCCUCUUGAUACGUAUAUCUAAAAAGUGUAAGUUCCUAUGUAAUGAGCUAAUGGUAGUGAUCGGCUUUUGUGAACAAGAGCUUUAGAAGUGUAUGGGAUGUGAGUCUUACGUGGAAAAUGGAAGAGAUUGGUUCGAGUCGGCAGUACGGGAAGUACGGGCUGGUAGGACGCGCGGGGUCGUCGAGCACGGUGCAGGCGGCGGCUGCGUGCGACUGGCCGGCGCCGCUGUUGUUGCUGGCGCGAGCACUGGGCCGCCGGUGCGUCUCGCUAUGGUGCCAGCUCACCAGACCCUCGCCGCCGUCCGAGCCCUCCCAACAGAUGUUCCCUUUAUGAACAACAUGGACGAAAUAUCCUAUUGGAUUUGUACUAAACGGGCACCGUGCCUGAUGAACUAUGACAAUGUCAAAAAACAAGAUGAGCAAGCACAGUGUUCCAAAAAUAAACCAAAAAGUGUUCCUAGUGCUGCCGAGGUGCCUUCACCUAAAAAGAAAAAGAAGAGGAAGCUGUCUUUGUUAGAAGAUGACUCAGGUUCAGCUAAUAAACAACAAAAUGUUUACUUUGAAACUUCACAAAAGCAAAAACAGACUGUGAUGAGUAGUUGUAAGUCUGACACUCUAGGCUCCGACAUAGACUUCAACAUUAAAAAUACUUCAGUGCAAGGUAAAGCAAAGAGAUCUAAACACCAAAAAAAUAACAGAACAACUGUUCACAAGAAGAAUAAAGUGGUCACAUCUACACCCAAGGUGACUAACCUGAGGCGGAGCUUGAGGCAAGCUCAACAGAGUCUGAAUAACAGCCAACUUAAUAGUUCCUUUGAAAUAUUUAAUAAUAGUCUUGUUAAUGGCAAUAAACAUAAUGAAAUAGAGCAGAGAUCACCAGAUAAACUGAAGAAACCAGAAUUACUGGCUGGCGGGGACCAAACUGCAGACAGUAAGAAGAACACCAAUGUCAACAAACACAAGUCAAAGAAUGAAGUCUUGAAUGGACAAUUUGAAGACUUAAGUGAUGUGUCUGGCUUCACAGCAAACUACAUCCGUUCUACUAAACUGCAGUCCACUAAAACUCCUAGAAAAUUAAGAUGCAAAAAUAAUAAAAACCUUGUAAAAGAAUCACAGCAGGUUGGACAAAAAGACAAUACAAUGGUAGUUUGUAUGAACAAGUCAGUGAACACUGGGGUUCACAAACUGUCACCACUCAACUGCAGCACAGAGUCAGAGAAUGUGAUUAAUUUGAUAAGUAAGAGUAUUGACAAGUCUCCUAAAGUUACUAAGAGCACAUCUUUGCUUAAAUUCAUAGAUGCAAAGGGAAGCAAAAGUGGUAAGGAGGCUGCUGACAAUAGUAAGGCAGAUGGUGGUAGAACUAGAGGCAGAGUCAACCUGAAUGUAUCAUUCCAGUCCCAGAGCACCACAUCACGGUAUCCAAAGCGUUGCCGGAAUCAAACCACAACAGAUGUUUUAGAUAACACAGGAGAUAAUGACCAGGCUGACAAGAGAAGAAAGAUCAGUAAAAAUUCAAGUGAAUUCAAUAAUUCUGAUCGAAAAGAGAAUCCUGAGGCUGUAGUAUCAAGGACUCGAAGUGGAAGGAAUAUUGGUUUGACAUUGAGACAUCCAGAGAACUCAGUUUUAGUGCUUAGUAAUUCAACAGAACAAGUCAGUUCCAUGGUCAGCAUGAAUGUGGCCAGUCCAGGUGAAGAACAGAGAGAUAAACUGAAAAAGAAGAGACGGAUCACAAGGCACUUGCGUUCAAAGAAAGUUGUAGACAAACAAACUAGUUUACAAAGAGACUCUCUAAGAGACAGGAGUGGGUUUGCUGCAUGCUUCUCAGACAGUGAUGAUGACAGUGAACCACUUAAGCAAAGGAAAUUCUUCUGUGCUUGAACAUUUAAAGACUUGUUGCAGGCUUCCUUGCAAAUGUAUUUUUAACAUAAUAUUGUUAAAGAAUGUAGACACUCUUUGUGUACAGGGGUAGAGAGCAAAGAAAUUUGUCACUGUAUUGGACAUGAACUCAACUACCACUUAUUAUUCACUUUCCUACUGAUUAAAUUAGAUUAGUGACAAAACUAACCAUUACUAUGAUGGCAUUUAUAUUGUAUAUUAGAUGAAAAAAAAAAUGAAUUUACAUUUCUUAGAUGAAAAAAAAUACAUUCCAUGUGAAAUAUUGGAAAUAUGCUACUAUAAUUAAUUAAUAAUAUUGGCUUAUUUAAAAUGCCUCCAAAAUUUGUCGAUGUUUUAGCAAAUUUUGGUAAGGAUUAGCUAAUUUAAUCAAGGAACUACAUAAUGUUAUCUUUCCUCUGCCCUUGUUGGACUUCCAUUGCUUGACAAGACUAGAAUUGUAUAAAUUGCUCAGUGCCUAUACUAACUGCACUCUGUAUUGACAUGUUAGCAUCUAGAUAAUUGUAUUUAACCUAUGAUACAGUAGGAUACUGCUACUCGUUACAGAUAUUGGACACUGAUAUAGCAGGGCCGUCAUAACUUUAAAUAUUCCUUAAUGUUUUUAGAUAAAUAGUAUUAUUUAAGAUUGUUGUUUCGCCGGUAGAGCGAUUUUAUUCUGCAAUUUUGUUAAAUACCUGUAAAAGUUUGUUUUAAUUGGUUUCCUGAUAAAUGAAAUAGUAUUGGAACACAAAUGAGAUUUGUGAGAUAAAUCUUUGUUUUAUAAAGUGCCAUUGUAUAUUGUAAUGUUAUACAUUAAGUAUAUCUAAGUUAAUCCAUGACUGUGGCACAUGGUGAGAUAGUUCAUUCUGCAUUCUGUGUGGAGAGGGAGCUGUUCAGACACAAGUGCUUGCCAGUGCAUCAUCUUUAGCUGGCUCCGGGCAUCACUGUACAUGUUGUGUUGUGAACCCAUAGAUCACACCUAGAGUGUGCACUGCCAACUACUGGGUAAACAUUGUUUGUUAUAGUAACCUGUGACAGUGAGUAAUUGCUUUGCAAUAUUUGCAUCCAUAAUAUAAUUAUUUAUUUUGACUAAUAUUAAUUGAAUACAUGUCACAACAAUGGAUAUUCCAGUACAGUUUGGUAAUUACCAGCACAAUACAGCAUGUUGACUUUCCUCAAAUACAUGCUAGAAUUGAACUAUCUUUCUUUGGCAUAAUAAUUAUAUUUAUCGAAUUUUUGAAUUUAGGGUACUAAACUUUUUAUUUAGUUUUAUCAAAUUUUGUGUAUUAUAUUUUGUAGCUUUUAUGUAUUUAAAAUUGCAUAGUAAAGUUAAUCUUAACUGUA